CUCUAACAUAGUGACGCCGUCGUUCUUCUCUUCAUCUUUCUGAUCUUCAGAUGGUCGUCAAUCUUCUCAGCCUAGGAGUGGAUAUAAAUGCACUAAACUGGAAAGGGUAUACUGCUCUAGACGUUAUUGAGGCGGGCGCAGGCAAUUCUGGUUCUCUGGUAUAGUUCCGGCGUUGAUAGAAGCAGGGGCGAAGAGAUGCGACCAGCUGCCGCCAGGUUCAUCAUCGGCAAUUCAACGAAUUCAGGAAAACAGCCCCAACGUUACUAGUCCAAUUUCAUGGCCCAAAAGGGCGCCCGACACUCCGACCAAGAACCGAGGCGGCCGCCGCCACCGUCGCCGCCGAGAAAAGCAGAUCGAUAUUCAAAUCGAAGAUUUACGGAACGCGCGCAACGCGAUCACCGUCGCGGCAGUUCUAAUCGCUACGGUUGCCUUCGCCGCCGGAAUUAACCCUCUGGGAGGGUUUGACCAGAUUUCCGGAAAAAGCAUCGUGGGUCGAGAAACCUCUUUUAAAGUCUUCAUCGUCUGCAACAUCUUGGCUCUGUUCUUAUCCCUUGGAAUGGUUAUUUUCCUCCUCAGCAUCAUCCCUUUCCGGCGAAAACCCAGGAUGAAAUUACUGUCAGUCACGCAUGAGGUAAUGUGGGUGUCAACUUCGUCCAUUGCGGCAGCUUAUAUUGCCGCUACAUGGACAGUUCUGCCAAGUGGGCGCGGUUCUGAGUGGAUACUGGUGGCGGUGGUGUCCAUCGGAGGCGGCUGCACGGUGUCCAUAUUCAUGGGUUGGGGGUGUUAUUGGCGAGGAAUUUGCUGAGGAAAUGGGAAUGGAGAAAAAGGACCACAAAGGAUGGCAGCCCAAGAAGUAACAUCAGUCGUGUUGAAGAGACGCAGGUGAUGAGAAGAGGCACCCGGGACUCCACCAGUAACUCCGAUACUGACAGCUCCGAUCAAGGUUACCACCCAUUCUAGCACAUUCAUAGGUAA